CUAUGCAAAGAAAAAAUUUGUUGUAAAAGAAAAAUUAAUGUUAAAUUUUGUCAGAAGCUUUAUGAAGUUUAUGUAAAGUAAAGUUUUUAAAAUCCGAAUAUUUUCAUAAAUAUGCGGGUAACGUAUGGUUUGCUUGAAAUAAAAAUUUCUCACAAUCAAAAAAUGUCAACUCAGAAUUAAGAUUUUAAACAUUAUUUAAUCUUCAUUUAUAUUAGUUAAAUUUACAUUCAAUUUAUUUUAUAUUCUUUUCAUUUCAGAUGAGUCAAUAGCAUGAACUGAUUGAGUUCGCCAGAAUGGAGACAUACAGGAAGAAGGCCAUUAGACUCGAGUCUGUAAAGUGGGGAGAAAUUUUCCAGUUUCUUAAAACUUCAGGAUCCCAUGUCUUAGAUGAUAUUAUGUUGAUGUUUUCUGAGAUGUCAACUUGAGGAACCUCGUAGGGAAAUUGAGAAAAGCCUGAAGGAAAUUGAGAAAACUGAAUAGGAAAUUGAGAAAAAUCGAAGGGAAAUUGAGAAAAUUUUCAGUGAAGUUGACAAAAUGAAAAAGAGACUGAAACUUGAAAGCCAGCUUACCAAAAAAAGUAGCUCUAGGGCAUUGAGGCUCUCAAAGAAACCAGAAAAGCGCUUGGAGGAAGGUUUACCCUCUCUUGUAUCAGUUGAUUCGGUUGGUCCUGCAAGGAUGUCACCGUCAUUUGUGAUGAUCGGUGCUCUUUUGCUGGUGUCAGCUUUACCUUCAGCAAGUGCUGAAGACUUUGAUGGUCGUGUACCCGGCAAUGCUGACUUGGAUAUGGGUAAUCCUAUACCUAUACCAGUAAACCCUGUUGAUAGCAUUGCCGUCCUACCUGAGCUUGAACCAUCUAGUGAUGUACCGGUACAAGCUGUUGAUCAAUUGCCUGCUGAAGAUCCCACUUUAGCUGCAAGUACUCCGGGGGACCCUAUUCUUGCAUCACAAUUGUCAGGAAAUCCUGCAGAAAUGCAAGGCAACAUUACUGAGGUUUGGUCUAUAGCAGAAUCAGAAAAUAAUACACAAGAUCAUUCAUCUCAGAACUUUGAACAAGCAUUUGAUGAGGGUGUCAUGAGCUCUUUUUCUGAAAUGGCUGCCCCUCGAGAUUUUGUUAGGGCCUGGUCUAUAGAAGAGUAGGCUCAUUAGAGUCCGACUAGGCGGAGUCUUCCUUCCAUGCAGCAGCUAAAUUCAGUUAUGUGCGCAUGCCGCAAUGAAUUAUAUAAGACAGAGAGAGUCAGUUCUAGCCGUGGCAUGUCCUAGCUGCAGCGCGCAGCCCAGAAAGUGUCUUAACCUAACCUAACCCUAAUAUAUAUACUAAUCUCUUUUGUAAUUCAACGCAGCAAGUGCAUUUAAACUGACUUUGGCCGCUAUCCUAUUUUUAUUAAUAUCUAUGGAUCAAGAUUUAUGACUCUAGAUCGCUAGUCAUUGCAAAAAGCUUUGCGAGCUUCAAAAAUCCGUACAAAAAUUCUUAUUCUAAAUGAAGUUGUCUAAUGUUUCCGCAAGUCUACUGGUAAAACCAGACCCACAGGGAAACUGACGUUUAAUUUUGGUCUCAAUGGUAGCUUAGUCUAAAAGACCAAUUUUUUUUUCAAAUGAUUUAAAUCGCGGUCUCUUAGCCAUGGUUUAAAUUCGCAUUAAAUGGUUCAUCUUAGACCCAACUUAUUUAUAAGUUGGCGACAGCUUGCGUCAUACAUAGUCAAAAUUGUAAGGUGCUACUAUUUAUUUUUUCUACCAAUUCCGCCCAAUACAUUCCCAAAUGUUGAUUGAUUGAUGUAAAGGGCAGAAAUUAACCAUGUUGUUAUUGUAAACAAUUGGAAGUAUGAUGUCAAGAUUUAGAAAAAUUCCACACAGUUCUUGAGUGUAGUGCACACUACAAUACACGAAAAACUUGUCAAUGGCCACAAUGUCACAGAAUGUGUAUUUUUUCCCCUCUAAAUGUACUUUCAACUCUAAUUUCAUUGGGGAUCAAAACUGGAAUUAUAUGAACCACUCACGGAGCACUGUGCACUAGUUAUUUUUAAUUCACAUUUAUUUUUUUUAAAUCUAGACAUCACCAACCCCACACAUCCUUGGACUGUAGAUGAUAAUAUUAUUAUCGAAAUAUAUUUCCUGAACUGACAGUCCAAGUUUGGUUGAUAUUGCUCUAUACCUGUUAUAACUUUUUAUAUUUUCAGA